GGCUGGGAAGCUUGCUGCAAAAGAAAACAAAGCGAUCGAAAAUAAGAACUUGAAGAGCCGGAAAAGUUUUCCGAAGCCGCAAGACACUUCGCGAAAUUCAAACUAAACCGACUCUGGAGUUCGGUCUUCGGAAAAACGACCUUGAGGAAGAUACCUUGUUAAUGUGGACACUCGAAGCUUGAAUUAGGAGAGAGUUAUGGAAACCCAAACCCUGGUGGUUCAGUAGCUUGAUACUGUGAUUGAUGAAAAAUCCUAAAUCACGAGAGAGAGAGAGAGAGAGGGUGGGCACGUAGAUUUAGUCAUGCUCUGCUUGUGAUUGUUUCGAAUCAUCGAUGAAAAGCCCUAGGAUCGAGGCAUCGAUCAAAGCGGGGGCGGCGUAGAUGCAUGUCUCUGGAGUCUCGCUCGAUCUGAACUGGUUUCUCCAAUUCAUCUUUACAGCUUUCGUAAUUGCGCUCGUAUUGCUCCAUCUGGCCAAGAAGACGGCGUCGAAGUACUUCGAGGUCGACGCCAGUUUCGAAUCCGGCGGUGACGGUGUUGUGUCCGGUGAUCAGACAAACCAGAUGCCAGGUGUUUCCAGGAGCGGCGACGCCUGUGUUGCGUGUGGCAAUUCUGCUAAAAAGUGUUGCUCAGGUUGCAAAGUGGUUCGAUACUGCUCGCAAAGUUGUCAAGUGCAGCACUGGGGAUCUGGGCAUAAGACAAAAUGCAAGAAGUUUCAAUUAGCUGGCAAAGUAAAUUUAAUGGAAUCUGCAUCUAACCAUGGGAAGACAUUUUUUGGAGGUGGUGGUAAUAUUUCACUGGUUCCUGCUAGUGGAACUACAAAGAUUUUUAAGCAGCCGAAAAAGAUUCUAUUCCCCUAUGAUGAAUUUGUGGAGCUUUUCAACUGGGACAAGCUGGGAUGCCCUCCUUGCGGCCUUUUGAAUUGUGGAAACAGUUGUUUUGCCAAUGUUGUUCUACAGUGUCUUGCAUUUACUCGACCACUUGUUGCCUAUUUGUUAGAGAAAGGCCAUCGGAGAGAAUGCAGGCGAAAUGAUUGGUGCUUCCUAUGCGAAUUUCAAAUGCAUGUUGAAAGAGCAAGCCGUAGUCUGCAGCCUUUUUCACCACUCAAUAUUCUCUCCCGGUUACCUAAUAUUGGUGGUAAUUUUAGAUAUGGAAAGCAGGAGGAUGCUCAUGAGUUCAUGAGGUUCGCUAUUGAUACGAUGCAGUCAUUGUGCCUCGAUGAAUUUGGUGGUGAAAAAGCGCUACAUCCAUGCUCGCAGGAGACUACACUUAUUCAACAUAUAUUUGGUGGUCACCUUCAAUCUCAGGUGAUAUGUAUGGAAUGCAAUAAGAUUUCAAAUCAGUAUGAAAGUAUGAUGGAUUUAACUGUUGAAAUUCAAGGGGAUGCUGCAUCUUUGGAGGAUUGCCUUGAUCAAUUCACAGUCAGAGAGUGGCUUCAUGGAGAAAAUAUGUAUAAAUGUGAUGGGUGCAACGACUAUGUCAAGGCAUCUAAGCGUCUUACUGUUCGACGGGCUCCAAAUAUCCUAACAUUUGCCCUUAAAAGAUUUCAGAGUGGGAGGUUUGGGAAACUUAACAAGAGAAUUUCUUUCCCUGAGACUUUGGAUCUCACCCCUUACAUGAGUGAAGCAGGAGAUGGUACAGAUGUUUACAAGCUUUAUGCAGUUGUUGUCCAUGUGGACAUGUUGAAUGCAUCAUUUUUUGGUCACUACAUUUGCUAUGUCAAGGAUUUCCGCGGAAACUGGUAUAAAAUUGAUGAUGAUAAGGUAAGAAUUGUUGAAUUGGAGGAGGUACUUUCUCAGGGUGCUUAUAUGCUUUUAUAUAGCAGGGUUUGUGCCCGGUCAUCUUGUCUAAAUACCAUCGGAUCUUUCACAAGUGAGAAUCAAAUAACGGAAGUGGCUCAAGAGGUUGAGCCUCAUUCAAAGCAACUGGCUGAAUGUUUCACUACUUCAGAGCCCAGUCGAAACUGUAGCUUUUCUGUGUUGGUGCCUUCAAAUAGUAGCAUACAUGUGAAGGUUCCUAGUUGUGAAGUUAAUUCCGAAGCUCAAGAAAAAAACCCAGGAGCUGUAGAUGUGAUUAAUUCAAGCUCUGGCUUAAUAGUGUCAAAAGAUACUGAAAUGGAUGCUAAUGGUAAUUGUAAUGCAGAAGAUAUUGCUGUGGUAGAUCAAGCCCAUAGGCUGUCUAAUUUGGCUUCUUCAAGUAAGACAUCGUGUGCAGAAGAUCAAAAUCUGAUGCUUGAAUUGCAUACAAAUUUUGGGGAGAGUAGUGCGAGAGAGGGGGCAUCGUGUAUUGCCACUCAGAUUCCUCUUUGUGAAGAUGGUGAAAUGUCUUGUGAUGUUCCUGUUGCUGCUUUGAGCUCUGCUGAAAAACCUGUGCUUGAAGCAGAUCCACUUAGUUCCAAAGGUUUGCCACUUUUGGCCGUGGAGAAUCUGGAACAGGUUAAAUGUGGUGCGGUUUUGCCAACAUCUGAUAUCAGUAUUAAAGAUGCUGGAGGGAAAUUUGAUGGAGAAAGUUCUUUCUCGGGGGUAAAGUUGAAGCCACUAUUUUCUCGUGGUUUUCUUGAAAAACGUCACGAGCACAAAUCUGCCAGGAGAGAUUGCCAUGCCCCUGGUGAAAAUGGUGACUUGGGCAGCAAGUUGAACACCAGCUGUAAUGGAUUUGCCAAGCCUGCUUUUAAUCAUCAGAUAAUGGAUCAGGCAGUAGCUUAUUCAGAUUGUAAUGGUUUUUCUUCUCGAACUUAUACGAUGGAGCAACCUGACAAGAGUGUGAAUAAGGAUGAUGAUGUCUCAGGUGAUUUUGUUGAAUCUAUUGACCUUCGCAAUGGCAAUGCUAAUGCUUCUACUUCUCAUGGGCAGCUGAGCGAGGAUUAUUUGAGUCACAGUGGUUCUCCUGGUUCUGUAGUCAUGCCAGUAGCACAGCAAUCUUUGAUCGGCCAUGGAUGUGAUUGUGAAAUGGGCUCGCCCGCUCCUUCACAGAGGUCUGGAAGAAAAUUGAAGACUCUCUGAAAGGGACACACGUAAUUAAUCAUUUGAAGACAUAACAAGUUACAUUUUUUACAGGAAGAUCUUAGUUCCUUAUUUUUUAUUUUCUUAUUUUUAAAAUUUUUGAAUCUGAAAUUGCAUCUGAGAAUGAAGCGUGGGGAAAGACUCAUGGGAUUCUCAAUAGGAGCUGCAGCGAUAAGUUGAUAAUUCGUGGUAGCCUGAAACUGCAUACGAUAGAUCUCUGUAAUUAUGAUUUUGCUGCUGAGGUUGAACAAAUGCCAGUGGGCAGGAGCAGCAAUCUCUUGGGCAAAAUUUACUGUUUAGCUGAAUUAGAUAGUGAUUUUUUUCAUUUUGCGAGGGGGAAAGGUAGCAGAAAUAAUGGAUGCUUGUUAAUAAUAAUUAAGGUGCAUUCUUUCCA